UACGAUUUCAUUUUUCUUUGUCUUACUAACUCUCUCAUCGAUUAGGGUUUUACUGCCUCCCGUUUGCGUUUCAAUUUAUUCGAUAGGAUCGCAAUUCCUUUUAAAAAUUUGCAGAGGUGAACGGCGAUGUCUCGUGUGUAUGUUGGGAACCUGGAUCCACGAGUUUCCGAGCGAGAGCUUGAAGAUGAAUUUCGCGUCUACGGUGUUCUGAGGAAUGUGUGGGUUGCUAGAAGGCCACCUGGUUAUGCAUUUGUUGAGUUUGAUGAUCGCAGAGAUGCACUAGAUGCUAUUCGUGCAUUGGAUGGGAAGAACGGGUGGCGUGUAGAGCUCUCCCACAAUUCAAAGGAUGGUGGAGGCGGUGGGCGUGGCGGUGGUGGCCGUGGACGUGGUGGUGGUGGUGGUGAUGACCUGAAAUGUUACGAGUGUGGUGAGCCUGGUCAUUUUGCCCGUGAAUGCCGCCUACGUGUGGGCCCACGUGGGUUAGGUAGCGGGCGGCGUCGCAGCCCUAGUCCCAGACGACGAAGAAGUCCAAGUUAUGGUCGUCGAAGUUAUAGUCCGAGAUACAGUCCACGUGGGAGAAGGUCUCCACCUCGCCGGAGCAUAUCGCCUUACAGAGGACGUGCCAGCAGAUCACCACCUCCAUAUCGCCGUGCCAGGCGUGAUUCCCCAUAUGCUAACGGAGUUUAAGAUGGAGUGAAGAAGGGAUGGAUUAUGGAAGGAAGAAAAUGGAAAGAUGAUAGGUUGGGGUUAAUAUGUUUUUUUCGUGAUGAACAAAUUUGGGGUAGGGUUUUAUUUAUUAUAUAUUUAUAUAUGAAUGAUGAAUCAUGAUGAUGAUGAUGAUGAUGAUGACAUUGUGGUGUGUUUGUACCUGGCAUCCGAUCUGGAACUGCACUUUAUACCCGCCAAAAAGUGGUUGCUCAUCGGCUUAGAGGUCCAUUUCUUUUCUUAAAUUGCUUUGUUUACUUUCUGUCUUGAAGUUUGGUUAUCGGCUGAGAACCAACCAACGCCUUCAUCAUCCUCCUCUACUUUCUGCAUCAUCUUAGACUACUACUCUUGACAUGGUUUUAGCUUCGCAUCUUCAUCUUCAUCUCUGCUUCUUUUGGGCUUCUUCUUUGAAACUGCAAAAUUUUGGUUAUCAACUUUUUAGUGACACCUUGACUCUGCGACAAAGCUUCUCACGUCUUUAACACAGUCAGUCACUUGUCUUGGUUCUUUGUCUGCUGGUUGCUGAGCUUUUGUUGUUUCUACUCGCCAAAAAGGUAAAAACAGUGACUUGUUGACUGCGCCUUAUACCGGGAAAAUACAGGCAAUAGUAAAAAAAUGGGGGGUGUUUUCAAAAUAUAGACAUGAAAAUGGACAUUUCCGGGUAUAGACAUGCAUUCCGCGGAGGUAGCUCCGCGGAAUGGCAAAAUCGUAAAUAAAUUAGUGUAUUAAAAAAAAAAAAACUGAAGAUCCAUUCCUCGGAGCUACCUCCGCGGAAUGAGUUCAUUCCUCGGAAGUAGCUCCGCGGAAUGGAUCUUGAGUUUUUUUUUUUAAUACACUAAUUUAUUUACGACUGCCAUUCCGCGGACCUACAUUAGAUUCCGCGCAAUCCAUGUCUAUAUCCGGAAAUCCAAUUUUUUGUGUCUAUAUUUUGAAAAUAUCUCCUAUUUUUUUACUAUUGUCGGUAUUUUCCCUUUCUGCUGGGGCUGUGGGUCCUACUUUUGCUUUUGGGCUCUAAUGAAACCAGUCGCCAACGUUUAUGGAUUAUGUUGAAUACGUCUACCUGGUUCAUAUGUUUGGUGUUUAUUUUGACUUUGUUUUCUCCUUGAAGGUUGCAUAUGUAAAGUAAAGUACUCAUGAAUAUGUUGAUAAUUAAUCCUUGAAUUCAAACUUUUUAAUUGAGCAGGGUCCUAAAAAGGGUCCCAGAAAAAAAGAUAUUUUUUUUUGGCG